AUGACAGAAAAAAUCUUAGAGAAGUUAAAUGUCCUUGAUAAGCAAGCAAAGAUAAUCUUGGCUGGAAGAGCAAAGAAAAACAGGCUUCAGAGUGAAGGGAAAAAAAGGACUUUGGUUACACCGCUGACAUUUGAUUUUCAGUUGGAAUUUGAAGAGGCUAUUGCUACAUCCACGUCUAAGGCAGAAUCCAAGGUCACAGAAGACAAAUCAUGUGGCAUUAAAAAAUCAAAAAGGUGUGUCUCUUUCAAAUGUGAACCCAAACCUAGCAAGAGUGAUUUUGAAAAGUCAACUAUAAGAUCACACUUUGUUCCAACAAAUAUAAAACGUAAUGAAAGUAACAACACUCUCAAUUUGAAAAAAAAAAAUAGAAAAUCAUUGGAUUCUGUUGAUCACUUAGAAGAUUAUGUAAAUAAAAGAACAUCUCCUCCGCAAAUUAAUGAUUUUAGUACAAAAGAAAAUAAAUCAAUGAGGAAUUAUCAAUUAAGAGAGUAUCAUUCAGUAAAAAAGAAAAGCUUGCUCCCCUUGUGCUUUGAGGAUGAGUUGAAAAAUCCAAAUGCCAAGAUAAUCGACAUUAGUCCAGCAAAGAUGGUGACUUCUCACAUGGAACAAAAUGACACAAAUCCCAUAAUUUUCCAUGACACAGGAUAUAUACAAAUAUUACUUUUAUCAAAAAAUAGGCUUUAUUCUUAUCCUUUGGAAAAUGAAAACAUUUACUCAUGUAAAAGAAAAAAUUCUGUUUUAGAAAAAAAUUGUGAAAUUCUCGAAUCUUUAAUUAGUGAUCGAUCUAUUAUUACUCCUUCCAAACCCAAAAAAGCUAUGUCUACAGCAUGGAGAAAAGAUAUGCGAGCCAUGUGUUUCAAAGUGGGCCACAGAAUUGUACAGGAGAAACUAAAGAAGAAAACUCAUAAGCAGACAUCAGAAAACACACCUUGGAAUACACUCUAUGACUUCUCACAGACUUUUUCCAGCCUAACAAAAAAAUGUGUGGGUUAUCUUGAUAAAACUGUUCUUCAAGAAAUGAAUGCUAAAACUGGCAAAUUUCAAAGAAUGUUUUCUACAGUAAAACCAAUGAACACACACAAAUUCAGUGUUUCACCGGUCAAAUAUGAUUCAAAGACUUUUAAAAGUAUACAUAAAUUAAAUAACGUAACACCAUUGGAUGAUUUGUUAAAAAAUGCCUCAUAA